CCAGCAUUCAAUCAUUCAUACAGGUUAUAGAGCGAAUACUCCUGCGAGACGUCAAAUUUUGACGUAAGAAGCAACCACUGGUGGAGUACAGAACUCCCUGCGCGUGAGUGACAGCCCGGCACCACGGCCGCCCACCCUCAGACAGGCUGUGGUGACUCUUAAUUGUGUAACGUCCAUUGACGAGUCAGCACAAUGCUGCUGGGAACGACGAGGCGCACUUAGUCGAGCAGAUGCAAUGAAAUGCUCCCAUCGAGGAGGACACAGAUGGACAGCCUAGUUCAGCCGCUCGUCGCCCAGUACCUCGCCAUGGGAUGUCAAUCAAAAGAAAAUAACCAAAACGAAAGUAUAACGCUGGAUGAAAAGGGCAAGGACGACGCGAAAGUGACUCCAGGAUGUGGCCCCAAGUCAAGAGUUUCUCCUCCAGGCCGUCCUCACAGGUUCCACAAACCCAGCCCGGCCCAAACAAACCCGGGUAAAUCCAUGAUGUCUCUGGGACAACUUACCAAAGGAGCCAGCUGGGAGGAAAUAAUCCAGACCUGUCUGCAGUCUUUUGACUCAAAUGGUUGUGUGUGUGGGAGCAGCCACCUGUUGAACAUCGUCCUGACCAUGCACCGUCUCCUCGUGUCCUCCAGUGAUCUGCUGGACAAGCUCAUCAAUCUUUUCAAAAUAGCAGUUGACAAUGAGCAGCCAGCAGAAUGCCAGAGGAUAUGCUACCUGAUCAGGCAUUGGAUCCAGGAGUUUUGGAUGAUGUUCCGGUUGCACCACAGCUUGUCGGACAGCCUGGAACAGUUCCGGGAGCUGAUCAGAGAGCAGGGCCAGGAACGUCUUUGCUCUCUCCUAGAGACCAAAUGGAUAAAUGAGCGGGACUGGUCGUGGAAGGCCAGCCAGAAGAUCAAAGCCAACUGCAGCAAAAAGAGGAAGGUCUCUCUUCUUUUUGAUCACCUGGAGCCCUGUGAGCUGGCUGAGCAUCUCACCUUUCUGGAAUUCAAGUCCUUCUGCAGGAUAUCGUUUGUAGACUUUCAGAACUACAUUCACAACUGCUGCAUGAAGGACAUCCCCGCAAUGGAACGUUCCAUCGCCCUCUGUAAUGGUAUUUCCCAAUGGGUUCAGCUGAUGGUGCUGAGCAGGCCGACCGCUCAGCUGAGAGCUGAGGUCUUCACUAAAUUUAUCCACGUGGCUCAGAGUCUACAUAAUAUGCACAAUUACAACACACUAAUGGCGGUGGUAGGAGGGCUUUGUCACAGCUCGAUCUCCAGACUGAAGGACACCACCUCACAUGUAUCCAGUGAGGUCACCAAGGUAUUGAACGAAAUGACAGACCUGCUGUCCUCCUGCAGAAACUAUGACAACUACAGACAAGCUUACAACAAGUGUACAGUUUUUAAAAUCCCUAUUCUUGGUGUCCACCUGAAAGACCUGAUAUCGGUCAAUGAAGCCAUGUCAGACUAUAUAGAGGACAACAAAGUGAAUGUUCAGAAGCUCCAGGCGCUCUACAGCCACAUUAAUGAGCUGAUCCAGCUCCAGCAGAUCCACCCAGGGCUGGACGCAAACAAAGACCUGGUCCAUCUUUUGACGCUGUCCUUGGACCUUUACUACACCGAGGAUGAGAUCUAUGAGCUGUCUUAUGCCAGGGAACCCAAGAACUGUAAAGCACCUCCGGCCACCCCCUCUAGACCUCCAGUGGUUGUGGACUGGGCAUCAGGAGUGGCUCCUAAACCCGACCCCCGAACCAUCAGCAAACAUGUGCAGAGAAUGGUCGAUUCUGUGUUCAAGAACUACGAUCACGACCAGAACGGCUUCAUUUCUCAGGAGGAAUUUGAGAAAAUUGCUGCUAGCUUUCCUUUUUCCUUCUGUGUCAUGGACAAAGAAAAAGAGGGCCUCAUCAGCAGAGAGGAGAUCACAGCCUAUUUCAUGAGGGCCAGUGUCAUCUGCUCCAAACUGGGUCUUGGUUUUGUCCACAACUUCCAGGAGACCACUUACAUGAAACCCACCUUCUGUGACAACUGCUCUGGAUUUUUGUGGGGUGUCAUCAAGCAAGGCUACAGAUGCAAAGACUGUGGGAUGAACUGCCAUAAGCUGUGCAAGGACCAGGUGGCGUUUGAGUGCAAGAAGAACGCCAAAAUGACCCACCCCAUCGACAGUCCGACGCCGAGCUCAACGCCUGUCACUGCAGGCACCUUAGAUGGCUCGGAGGAUUGUCCUUUUCCUUACCCGUCUGAUGACAGCAAGGACUGUAGCCCAGAAUCCCCCAUCACCUCCCAUUUAAAACCUCUAAGGGUCCAUAGUGGAACCCAGACAGAGGAGCCCCAACUUUCCUCUGCAGCCACCGAGGCUAGCCGCACCCAGCCAUCCCUGCUGAUCCCGGCAGCCCCAACCCUGACCUCAUGUCCCAGCCCAGUGCCCCAGAGAAAACAGCGACACUGUGCUAAGUGGGAAAACAGAGCAUCUGUGGUGCCAAAGGAGCUGGAGGACAGCAAACCCACCUAUGAGUCCCUGGAAGCAGACAACCAAAAGUUCCAGAAAAACAACGAGACACUACGUAGAAAGCUGAAGGAGGCCGAGCGGGAGGUAGAGAUGCUAAAGGCGCUGCUGAAGAGACACGCUCUCCAUCCUGUGGAGGAGGACUCCUCCUCGUAGACACAUCCAUACACUGAAGCCCCUAUGUGUUGACUGCUGCUGCCCCCCUAUGGCAGCAUGUACAUAUCAGGACUGUAUGUUUGACUUAAUGGUCAUGGAAAGUAGGAGAAUCUAAUCAGUAUGCCAAGAACCAGGCAAUUCGGCAUUUCAUGAUUUAUAGUGGGAUACUUAUCUGGGGUUUAAAUGCUAAGGGUACACUGACAAUCACCUCUGUUUCACCAGCGAGACUCAUAUAAUGGGGUUAAGGACAUUAAAAAGAGUAUAUGGGUUUUUCUUUUGAAGCAGCUUCUGUAGAAUACAGAUUAUUCUUAAAGCAGCCACAGUACCUAAAAAUAAUUUAAAGGCUGCCAAAAAAAGAGAAAAUAAUUUCAAUGAGUAUUUGUCACUUAUUUAGUGAACCUUUAAGAGCAGCUGGAUUGAAUUCCUUGUGUCAAAAGUACACAAACAGGAAAAAGACUAAAUGAAGGAGUGCAGUAUUUUUCGAGUAAAGAUAGAGCAGAAUGUGCCUGAUCAAUUAUUGAUCAAUAACGAGACUGAAUAUAUUUAUGUUAAACAUAAAAGACAAUCAGGCUGCAGUUUUCAAGAACAAGGACUUUAUUGUGUGUUGUUAUUGUCCCUUCUAUUCUUAAUGCUAAAUGACAGCAGCGGGGAAGGUUAGAGGUCUCAGCUGUACCUGAUGUAAGAUAUUUCAAGCUCUUCUGUUCAUAUUUAUUGUCUCACACACUACAGAGUUCAAACAGAGAGCAACUCAGAUGAAGAUUUUGUACAGUAAGCUGGUACUUUCAGUGAAUUAUUUAUGCUUGUGUUAGCAUCAUAUUGAUACUCUUUAUUUGAAGACAUGUUGUUAUUGUGCAUUCCAUUGUAGCAAUGUCGUACUGUGAACAGAAGUCUUAACAUGUGUUUGUAACGUGUGCAAUGUAAUGUACAUAUCAAGUAGACUCAGUGCUAUUUUAAUUACGUCAUGGAUCAUCCUCUCUCUCAGUAUUGUUCUGUUAUUGUCAUAAUAAAUGCUGAAAAGUCUA